GGCCGUCGUCUCGGCCAUCCGUCUUGGCCAUCGUCCUUCCUGCUUGGCGCUGCAUACCCCUCCCGGCGCAGUCUCGCUCCCGACGCUGCUACUACCGCCGUCUGCUUGUCCUGCGGCCUUUGCUCUCGCUCUCCGCUCAGUCCCCCAUGGGCACUGCCCCUCCGUCUGCUCUUGUUGCUGCAGUGCCCCCCUCCGCGCUUCGCUCUUGAUCGUCAGGCUCCCUCUGCCCUGCCCUGGCGUUUGUCCUUUGGCUCGACAGUGCAGAUCCCGGCCUGUGCCUGCUGCAUCUCUGUUUUCAUAUUUUUAUCCCGCGGCGCUCUUGCUGCUCUGUUGCGUCAGGCCGUGGGCUGCCGCACCCUGUUCGUUCUAUUCUCCUUUCAGUGCUUGUGAUCCCACAGUUCCUGUCUUCGCACCAGCGGCCCCAGCUGUGAGCAGCCCUCGAAAUGGCAUCGAACGAGCAAAUCCUUGGGCCAGAUCUGAACUACGAUCCUCUAAACUACGUCCCCAGUGAAGCCACCAAGUUCCUGCUGGAAUGCAUCGCCAAGAAUACCUUACCCUCAACCCCGGAUCUCCUCCGGAUCCGCCAGGAACUGACCCUGCACCUCAAGAACAUCACCCAGACCGAGAUCGACAUUGACAGCAACCUGGUAUUACUGGAUCAGUGGGUCAAAGAGAAUCCAAACCUCAUUACCCCGACAUCCUCAAAUCGCUUCGAACGCAUCGCAGAAGGCUCCAGGGGCCGAGACGACUUUGACCAGAACGAUGCCGAUGACCUAUCCAGUAGCCGAAGCGAGCGACCAGAAAGCGGCGCACGGCGGGCGAGUGACGCCGGAUCGCUCGUGAAAAUGGAGUCGGAGGAUUCGGGGCAGCUCGAUGCCUCCAAGGAUACGCAGACCCUGGUCCGCGAUCCCAAACAGCCCGAGUCCAUCACAAGCUCAGGCUUCCAGACGCCUGCGACCGAAGACUCAGACACACACGACUCAUCACGGGCAAAGAAAGAAGAACCACCGUCUCGGACACCUGGCCCGCCGGUACCGACAUUGCUGGAAAAGAUCAAAGUCGAGGAUGCAAACACCCCAAUCGCCGAUGCAGAGCCUGUCACUGCCAAGCGCGACGUUGUGCCGCCUCCGCCGCCGGCUGUUUCCGCGUCAUCCAAAUCGUCCAGCAACGAAGUACUUGCCGAACAUAUCACACAAAAUCCGGGCAGCGACGCCAUCAAAGUCUCGAUUACCCAUCAUGGCAUCAUCAAGCUGCGGAAAGACAGUCUGUCGUCCGGACUCGACUCUGCUUCGAGGCCGCCCGAGGUGUCAUCGUCUUCAGCGGGCUAUCCAUGGCCGCCAUCGUCAUCGUCGUCCGGGGCAGGUCCGUCGAGCUCCAGCGUGUCUGCCGAUCUUUCUCGGACAAGCGGACGGCCCUCCACUCCGGGACCUGUAGCGUCGGCGUCAGCCACAAACAGUCAAGCGGGCUCGCCCUUGAACACAAGCUACUACACGGGACAGUCUGCCAUUCCGUUCCGCGCCAGCACCCCAAGACCGUCGAAAUCGAAAAGCACAGGAAAAGAUACCCCGUCCCAGCCAAAGGAGAAGCGAAGAAAGAUCAAGCAAGAAGAUGCCGAUGAUGCCUCGGAUCUGGGCAAAGACGAAACGGGUUCGGUGGCCGAUGGCGACUUUACACGCGUCAAGCCGGCCAACCAGAUCCCGCUCCAACAGUUUUACAGCUUCUGCGAUCAAUACUUUCGCAACCUCACCGAGGCUGAUCUCAAAUAUCUGGGCGAGUGCGAUGACAACGUCACUCCGUACAUCAUUCCGCCGCUAGGGAGGCACUACCUUGAGCAAUGGAAUGAGGAGGAUAUGAUUCUUUUAGGCGGAAGUGCCGACGGUUUGAAGGACUCGCAAGACCCCAAGGGCGCCAGCAAUCAGCCGAGGGAAUACGACGAGACAGACGACGGCGUCAUUCCGGGCGAUGUUGGGUUCGGAUCCCUGACAGAGCGCAUUGUAUCCUCGCUCUUCCAUGAAGAUCUUCUUGAGGCCGCUGAGGACCACUACCACGACGAUGAGCCCGACGAUCCCGUGGCCGUGGCCGCUCGCAUGAAGGCUAGAACCAAAACAGAGAUGAGCGAUCUCGAGGAGCGGCUGAAAAACGAGCUGCGGUUUAUUGGCUUGCUGCCGGAGGAGGAAGAGAUGGACACGUCCAUGGAUGGCGACGACGAGAUCGUGGCAGAGCUUCGUCGGCUCCAAGCCGAGCUGCGCUCACAGGUCUCAGUCAAUCGAUUCCGCAAAGACAGGUUGCUGGAGGUGGCCAAGAAGUGGAUGGCGUGGCAAGAAUACAAUAGCUUACUGGAUGAAAUCAACAAGCAAGUAGAGGCAUCAUACAUCAAGCGAUUUCGGGCAGUCAAGAAGAAAAAGUCCAAGCAGGCCGCCGCCCCGCCAGCGCCUCGGCCAGUGUCCGAGAGCACCACGCUGCUGCUGAAUCGACGGAAGCGGCUCAUCCAGGAGCUGGGCCAUAUCUUUUCGCUCGAGCACUAUGGUAUCCCAAAGAAAUCUAUUUAUCGCGAGGAGUCGCCUCCGCCGUCUGUGCCCAAUACAGGCGGGAAACUGUAACAUGGCCUGUGGCCACUCAUCUCUGUCGAACACACUGCUCUCCCUUUCGGUUUUCGAGACUGAGAUAUCUUUCAGACCGCGCCAGCCGGAGACACUGGCUGUGUUGGGGAGUCUGUGGGCUGUUGCUAUCCAGGUUUGAAUACAAAAACGGCCGCAGACAUCCAACUUUCCUGGAAGGGGCGCCCAACG